AUCAGCCCUGAGUCGAAACUGCGGCUGCCCAAACUGCCUCCUCCCGGUUCAGAGGUGAAAGUGAAGCAGGAGGUGGUGAAGGAAGAGGUGCCGAUUGAGAACUCCAAGCAGUUGUCUGCCUGCAGUCUACGCCUGCCAGCCUGUCGCAUCAGUGAGUCUGUGCAACAGCUGAUGGAGCUGGCGGUCAACACGCUGUGUGAGGCUGUAGGAAGCUCCACUCAGUGCGCCUUGCAGCUCUUCUUCACUGUGAGAAACAUUUUUCAGCUUUUCUAUGAUGUUGUGCCGACGUACCACAAGGAGAACCUACUCAAAUUUCCCCACCUUGCUGCUGUCCAGCACAACAACUGCAUGUACUUGGCGCACCACCUGCUCACACUGGGGCACCAUUUUCGAGCCCACCUGCCGCAGCCCCUCAGCGAGGGCGUCGCGACUUUUGUUGACAUGGUGCCUGGAUUCAGGAAACUGGGUGCUCAGUGCUUUUUGGCCCAGCUGAAUGUCCAGAGAGCUGAACUCCUUGAGAGACUCGCCACGGCUCACAACUUCAGCAACCUGGACGAUGAGGACAACUACACUGCAACCAGCAAAGCAGUAAGACAGGUGAGAGAGGGAGACCUUUGUAUUCAUCCUUUCAACUGUCUGCCAUCUAGCAUAUCGAACUAAUUGGGGUUUCAUGUGCAGGACAUUUCCUCUGAGGAUGGAGAGCACCUCCAUACCCUGUGUCAGACCAUCAUUGAGGAAGGCCCGCUGGUGUUCAUUCCCCUGGCUGAGGAGAACAAAAAUAAGAAGUAUCAGGAGGAGGUGCCGCUCUACGUGAAGAAGUGGAGCGCUUUCAAGGAGCUCGUCAUCGUGCUGCGAGCCAACCUGCAAGAGAUCGUUGACAGAUGGACUGAUGGGAAGGGUCCACUGGCUGUAGAGUUCUCCAGUUCGGAGGUGAAGAGUCUGGUCCGAGCUCUGUUUCAGAACACUGAGAGGAGAGCUGUGGCUUUAACCAAGAUCAAAUAGACUAUUGGACAAACAACAAAAGCACCAGGAAGACUGUGUUGCACCUUUUUCCUGAGUGGAAAAUCUGACCUUGCCUUUACUCAUUGCUUCAUGUAAAACCUUCACCUACAUGAAAGAUUAACAGAUUGCUUAAGACAGGAGAUGCUGCUGCAGGAUGUUAUUCCUGCACAAAACAUCUGUACAUUUCACUGCCUCAGUUGUAAAGCUUUGGUUUUUGUUUGGUAGCUUUCAUAUGUUCACAUGAUGAAAUUUCCAGUUAAUUAAAGCUCAGCUUUGUUUUCUUUUCAAGUUCUGUUAUUUUCUGUAUAUAUCAUUUUACAAAACUUUGUUUAAAGUUUAACAUCCAUGAAGUGGUAAAUUUCUUGCAAAUGACAUGAAACUGAACUCUUCUGUAAUGUAUUUAUUAUUCCUUGAAAUAAACCAAAAUACUUUGCUUCUUUUCAGCU